AGAAUAAAGAAGAUUAAUAAUAGGCAUUCCUCGCAAUUUGCAAUAGUUUGCCUCACACUUGUGGUUGGGGAUGAAGAUCAAGAUGGCACCGUAUCUGUUUGCCUGUCUUCUCCUGUGCGUGGACAUGUGCGUCGUGAUGACAUUUGGGGCCACCCGGUUCACGCCCCCGCUCGUCCCUCAUUCCUUUAUCACUCUGUGGGUGGGAGGAUUGCUGAGGUUAUUUGUCUUUCUUUUUGUCAUCUUUUUGUACCCAUCGAGCCCGGCGUGGAUGAAAAGCUUCGAUGGAGUGCAGAUUGUGACUGUGCACAGUUUAGUGUACCCGGUCUAUGUAUCACUCAUCUGGGCAUUGGGCUGGUCGACAGUGGAGCUCUCCUGGUGCUGGCACACCUGGCAAGGGCUCCUGCAAUCCUAUGCGGUAUCCGCUUUGUGUCUUCUGCUCUGGAAACGCUAUGUUCCCACCAUCCUCUCGAAGAAGAAGAUGAAAACCAAGGAGAAAGGCCAGACCCCGCUUCAGAGGCUGCUGGGUUAUAUGAAGCCAUACCAGGAGCGGUUUACAGGAGUCAUCAUCCUCGUGGUUCUUUCCUCUCUCGGUGAGAUGGCUGUUCCACAUUACACCGGCAAAGUUACCGACUGGAUCAUGAAAGAAGACGAACCUGAGGCUUUCAACAACGCCAUCAAAAUCAUGUCAAUUCUGACCAUCAUGAGUAUUGUGUUUGAGUUUGCAUGUGACCUUACCUACAAUACCACCAUGAGCCUGAUUCACACCUCCAUCCAGAGUCAGGUGUUUCAGUGUGUGCUCAAACAGGAAAUAGCCUUCUUCGAUGAGAACUCUACAGGUGAUCUCGUCUCCCGGAUAACCAAAGACACCAAUGACAUGAGUGAGUCACUGAGCGAGCAGUUAAGUCUGGUCAUGUGGUACUUCAUGCGUUUAGUUUUCCUUUUCGGAUCCAUGAUGCUCCUCUCGGUGCGCCUGUCCGUCUUCACAAUCCUGGGCCUACCGGUCAUCCUGAUCAUCCCAGAGUUUACCGGAAAGUUCCACCAGACGCAUGCUGUAAAAGUGCAGGCAUCACACGCUAAAGCUAACAGCGUCGCUACCGAGACGUUCUCUCUGAUAAAGACAGUGAGAAGUUUUGCCAACGAGGACGGAGAGGUUGAAAAAUACAGAGAGUGCUUGGAACACACCUACACGCUUAACAAAGUGGAAGCAGCUGCUUAUGCUGUCUCUAGCUGGACCAACAGCAUGUCUAGUCUGGCCUUAAAAGUCAGCAUCCUGUAUUAUGGUGGGCAGCUGGUGGCAGGAAAUGAGGUCAGCAGUGGCAACCUGGUGGCUUUUGUCCUGUAUGAGCUUCAGUUUAAUUCUGCAGUGGAGGCCCUGAUAUCUUAUUACCCGAGUGUUAAAAAAGCUAUCGGGACCUCAGAGAAGAUCUUUGAGUACGUGGACCGGAAGCCUAACGUUCCUCCUGAUGGCACUUUAGCUCCGGAGAACCUCAAGGGUCACCUGCGCUUCAGCAACGUGGCUUUCAACUAUCCCUCAAGACCCGAGGAGAAUAUUCUCAAGGGCGUUUCUCUGGAGCUGAAGCCAGGAAAGAUCAUCGCUCUGGUGGGUCCAGCCGAUGCAGGAAAAAGCACCGUAGUGAGGCUUCUGGAGCGGUUUUACCAGCUUCAGAGCGGAGAGAUCUUUCUGGAUGAGAAGUCGCUACAGAGCUACAAGGAAGAGUAUCUGCAUGAGAAGAUUAGCGUGGUUGCUCAGGAGCCCCUGCUGUUCGCCCGUUCCAUUAGAGAGAAUAUUAAAUACGGGAGACCAGAUGCAACUGAUGAAGAGAUGUUCACUGCUGCCAAAAUGGCUAACGCUCACAAAUUUAUCAGCAACUUUCCAGACGGCUAUGACACCGAUGCUGGAGAAAAGGGGAGUAAAGUGUCAGGUGGUCAGAAGCAGAGGAUAGCCAUAGCGAGAGCCCUGAUUCGGAAUCCACAGAUUCUUGUGCUGGAUGAUUCCACCAGUGACCUGGACGCUGAGAGUGAACAUCAGGUGCACCAGUCCUUGCUGAGGAAUUUGAAUGGGCGCACAGUUCUCCUCAUCACACACAGGAUGAGCGGAGUGGAGAUAGCUGAUACCGUCAUAUACCUGCGUAAGGGAGAGGUGCUGGAGCAGGGUACCCAUGCUGAGCUGCUGCUGAAGAAUGGGGCGUACGCCGAAUUUGUACGCCAGCAGAACACCUGCUUCCACCGCAAAGCCGAUAACGACUCCGCUUCCACCGAGGCCUGAUGUGUAGUUAGCACGCUGCAAAACCCAACCUGCAUUUCGAAACGUACAGCGCAAUGUAUUGUGAGGUGAUCGGGCUACUUUGCAUGAUGUACUUUACAUAAGCACCAAAUAGAAAUGGUAAUAUGAGGGGUGUCAUUAAUUUCAAAGUUCAAAUCGAAAGCAAUACAGUCACUUAAAACUCAAAUGUUAAAGAGGAUAAAUUAUAUUUGGGUGGAUUUUAUACUUGACACAACCAAAUCAUUGCACUUUUUAAUUGUUAUUUAUAUUGUGAAUAAAUAGUCACUGCCCCUGUGAUCUUGGGCAACAUUUGCAACCCUGAGACGUGUAAUUCAGAAGGCAGCAUAAGCACAACAGUUUUCUGUGUUGCUUUCGUAUUUUUUUGUUAUUUAAGCUUGCUUGCAUUGGGUUUUGCAGUUUAGUAAAGAUAAAUCAUGACUACUGGGAUUUAUAACUUCAGCUCUCGUGUUUUAGUGUCUGGAUACUGUUAUCUGUAUUUUCUGUAUUUGUGUUCUGUAAAUGCUAGGAUUUAUAAAUUAGGUGUAAAUAUCACAAACAUGAUAAAAUAGCAUAAAAGCUCAUUUUUCCAGUUUCCAUUGACCCGCCAUGUAACAAACAGGACAACUGUUACAUGAUUUUUAUUAGUGCAAAUAUUCAUUUGCAUCUUUAUUUCGAAGCACCUUUCUCAUGCCUCUCACUGUAUUAAGUGUUGAAGUAGUAAGAUUUUGAUAUUUUAAACCAAAUAUCACCACAAACACAUCGAGGCAAUUACUCUGUAAAGGGUUUUAAGCGUGAUGGAUAACUUUGUUCUAAAAUAAAUGAAAUAGUUU